GAAUUUUUCUUUUUUCUCCACGAUGCAUCGACCUGCCGUUCUGCUUUCAACAGGAGGCAGUCCGUCUGUCUAAGGGCUCUGUCGCCUGGAUGGGAAAGGCUCCAUGUUCACUGCGUUUGUGCUGGUGCUGGGCUGCCUGCUGCAGAGGAACCUAGUGACCACAGAGGGGCACCGUGGGACCAACUGCCUCAUCUUCUAUGCAGUGCAAAUGGACGGAGGCACCAGAGCUGCCAAAGCUCUGGCUGAGCAGCAUGGACUGGAGUUCGUACAACGGGUUGGCAGCCUGAACGGUCUGUACACACUGAGGGACACCAGGGGGCGCCCUGACAGAGCCACCUUUGAAGACAGACUUGCAGCAGCAGCAAGGGUUCACUGGGUGCAGAGACAGCACUGUCAUUACAGAGACAAACGAAUUCCUGUGACAAGACUGGACCAUGGCACUACCAAUGGUCCCCACAGGAAAGAGUCUGAAACUGACAAGCAGCCCGAAGAGAAUAAGAGUGACCAGUCCCUCACCUUCAAUGACCCUCUCUGGCCCAUGCAGUGGGAACUGUUUGCACAGGGUGAGUACACUGAUGCGACUGACCUGAAUUUGAUGCCGGUUUGGAGGAACAACGUUACUGGACAUGGAGUCGUGGUCAGCAUCAUUGAUGAUGGUUUAGAUCACACAAACAAGGACCUAAAGAAAAACUUUGAGGCCCGUGCCAGUUUUGACCUGCGUGCAUCUCACGAUCCCAUGCCUGUCAGAAAUGAGGAGAAUAGUCACGGUACCCAUUGUGCAGGGGAAGUUGCCAUGGAGGCCAACAACUCCUACUGUGGUGUGGGCAUCGCCUUCAAUGCCAGGAUUGGAGGUAUCCGCCUGUUGGAUGGCUCUGUGACGGAUGCCAUGGAGGCCACAGCUCUGACCUUCAACAUCCACUUCAUCGACAUCUACGUCUGCAGUUGGGGCCCGAGGGACGACGGGGCCGAGAUGGACGGGCCGCAGAGCCUGACAGAGCAAGCCCUCCGGCUAGGAGCUCACAAGACAGUAAGAGCAUGA